AUGGCCGUCCUCGUUCCAGCCAUCGGUCUAUCCCGACCUCUUCGACUGGCAGUGUUCGCUGCUGUCGUCGUCUGCCUGGUCCUCUGGUGGCCUCUCUCAGAGACCGGCGGCCUAACCAACCUCGUCAUCACCAAACAAGGUUCCAAAGCACAACGAGCCGUACUGGAAUACAUUAAUCCGUUAAUUGGAACUACCAAUGGAGGUCAUGUGUUUCCUGGCGCAUCAUUGCCAUACGGAAUGGCCAAGGCCUGCGCGGACACGGACUCUAGAGCCGAGAACGCGGCUGGCUGGGUAUCUGAUAACUCCAAGAUAACCGGGUUCUCUCAUUUGCAUGAUUCUGGAACUGGGGGUUCAUCAUCUCUAGGCAAUUUCCCUCUGUUCCCUCAUCCCGGCUGCCCCAACGAUGAUUACCUGGCCUGCAACUUCACGACGGAAUCAAGAAGCCUUUUUCGCGUGAAUGACUCUGUUGUGGCCCGUCCAGGCUACUUUUCUGUCAACCUUACCAACACUGUCGGUGCAGAGAUGACGGCCAGUGAGCGAACAACUCUUUUCCGCUUCAACUUCUCACCAAACAACACCGUAUCCUACGAAAACGCCGCUGAUCUCAACAUCGUUGAAGUCGUGAGCAGCCCGUUGAUUCUUAUUGACCUCACGGACAUUGCCCAGAGCAGAUCUAGCGGGGGCAUCCAAGUGUAUGAGUCUGGCCGUGUCAUUGGCGAAGGCACUUUCAGACCUUCAUUUGGUCAAGAUAGCUACAGGGCAUUCUUCUGCGCCGACUUUCGGGGCGCUCCGAUACGAAAAUCUGGUGUUUUUGAGGGCGACGACCCACGCGAUACGGACAAGUACCUUGCGGAGUUUACUCGCGGCAUUCACAACCCCACCGGUGCCGCUGGCGCGUGGCUGCAGUUCGAUCGUCCUACGAAUAACCAAAUCCUUGCCAGAGUCGGCCUCUCUUUUAUCUCUGUCAAAAAAGCUUGCAAAAAUGCAGAGAACGAUAUCCCCAAUUUCGACUUUGACGGCACUGUGCGUGCUGCGGAAUCAAUUUGGGCCGACAAGCUCUCAGCGGUUGAUGUUAGCACAGAAGGCGUCAGUGAAGACAUCAAGACUGUAUUUUGGUCGGGUCUGUAUCGAAGUCUGCUGUCACCGCAGAACUACACUGGCGAGAACCCGUUAUGGGAGUCGUCUGAACCGUACUUCGACUCGUUCUACUGCAUUUGGGACUCUUUUCGAGCCCAGCAUCCACUACUGACUAUUAUAGACCCAGAAGCUCAAACACAGAUGGUUCGAACACUGGUGGAUAUAUUCAGAUUUGUUGGAAAGCUUCCGGACUGCAGAAUGUCAUUCUGCAAGGGGUUCAGCCAAGGAGGCUCGAACGCGGAUAUCGUGAUUGCAGAUGCGUAUUUGAAAAAUAUUACCAAUGGGGUUGACUGGAAGACCGCAUACGAGGCCGUGGUUUCUGAUGCCGAAGUGGCGCCGCAGCAUUUUGGCGUAGAAGGCCGCGGUAAUCUGCAAAGCUGGUUCGGUUUGGGAUACAUUGCAGAGGACCAUAUGGACCGAGUAUCGACGGGUCCGCAUAGCAGGUCCGUUUCUCGGACCGUCGAGUACGCCUACGACGAUUUUUGUAUCGCCGAAAUGGCCCAAGGACUUGGCCACAAGGAAGACUUUGAAAAAUACAUGCAGCGCAGCGCCAACUGGCAGAACCUCUGGAAUCCGGCCCAAGAAGACAUUAUCCAAGACAAGGACAAUCAGGAGGUGGGGCGGACAAAGUACACGGGGUUUCUGAUGCCGAAGUUGAUGAAUGGCUCGUUUACGUACCAGAACACGCGCAUCUGUUCGCCCAACACUGAACAGCAUCUCUGCUACUUCGAUACGGCACAGGCGACAUACGAGGGCUCACCCUGGCUGUACUCGUUCUUUGCACCGCAGGAUAUGGCAACCUUGAUCAAUCUAAUGGGAGGUCGGGAUGCGUUUGUCGACAGGCUCGAAUACUACCACGGCGGCAACAUCGUCUACAUGGGCAAUGAACAGGCAUUCCUUACCGUGUUCCAGUUCCAUUACGCGGGUAGACCCGGCCUCAGCUCCCGCACCACACGGAGCUACAUUCCUUCACAGUUCAACGCCACGAUCAAUGGCAUCCCGGGCAAUGAUGACUGCGCCAUGGGGGCUUUCAGCGCGCUUGCCAUGAUGGGGUUCUUCCCCGUCGCGGGGCAGGACGUGUACCUCGUCAUACCGCCCUUCUUCCCCGAGGUGCGGCUUAAGAGCCGGGGGGCCAAGCCCGCUGUUAUCCGAAAGGUCGCAAAGGAUGACAGAGAGCUCGCCGAGGGCAUAUACAUACAGAGCGCCACUCUGAACGGAAGACCAUACACAAAGAAUUGGAUAAAUCACGAAUUCUUCUACGAGGGCGGUGUAUUGGAACUCACUGUCGGCUCGAAGGAGAGCAACUGGGGCACUAGAGAGGAGGAUGUGCCACCCAGCUAUGCAGCGACACCAAAAAAGGUAGCGCCAACCCGAACCCAGGGUUGA